CAUCCAGAACAUUACCAGAUGUCAAUCACCCAACGCAGCAUGUCCUUCUAGAAACCAAAUCAACUAACUGUUUGAAUCCAUCAAAGUUUUCACUUUUUCUUUGUACUUCUUCUGGAUUUUAGUAAGAAAAAUAAACAAAGAAAAAACAAAUCCUCUUUAAAAUCCAUCCCUUUCAUGGAAAUCUUCUUGUUUGUGACGUCAAAUUCUCCGAAUUCUCGACAGAUUCUAAUUGUAUUUAUAUGAAUCCCCAUCACCAUUAACAUAACCUGAAUUCCUUUUGUCAUUUACCCUUUCUUUCUUCCAUCUCUUGAAGUCCUCUAUAUUCUACAGCUUUUAUUCUCUUGAAAUUCCAGUGAUGUUGAAAAAGGAAGCCAAGAAAAUUGUUAUAGAAAAACAAGAUAACAGUAAUUUCAGCUGGGUUAGCUUUCAUGAUAAUUAUGAUGAUGACGAUGAAGCCCUUUCAUUAUGUGUAAAUAAUCAACAGUUUUCUUUAUCAGAUUCACCGGACAAAGAUCGAAAUGAAAACGAUGAUGUUUUAAGAAUUAAUACUACUACUACUGCAAAUGCAUUUGAUGAAGAACUUUUCGAAUUCUUCAGCGACUUUAAUUCUGGAAUGAAAGCAGCUGAAGAUAUCAUUUACUGCGGCAAGCUUCUUCCUUACUCAUCUCCAGAAUCUGAAAACCAAUCAAACCAACCAAGAAGACUUUAUGAAUUAGAACUAGAAGAGAAACGUUUGAUUGAAGCUGAUUUCAAUAAAAAAUGCUUAUAUCCUCAUCGUAAGUGUUCCUCAUUAAAUGAGUUACAAAAAUCUCAACCAAAACGUGCGCUUCACAAGAAUUAUUCUUCGGAUUAUCAAAAAUUACAAAGAACUUCGGAUUCAAAGAAUACUAGUGCCGCUACUACUUCAAGAGCAUGGAAACAAGAGAAUACGAUUUAUGAUGGAAAUAAAUGUUUCCGCAAAAACGUUCUUUCCUGUACUCCGUCUUUGUCAUCCAAAAAACAGGUAGCUUUGUUUGGAGUAAUGAAAGCACCUGCGGAAAUGGAACUUACAGAUAUAAGGUACCGCCAAAAUAAGCGCAAUUUAUUAGCAUCGUGGACUACGGUACAUCCAGGCGAAAAGACAAACUAUGCUAAAAAUAACGGGAGGAAAAAUUCUUGGAGUGUACUUGGAGCAUUAGGAUGUAAAGGACAAGCAAAUGCCGUCGUAACUACAUCGUUACGUUGCCUUCCGCAUGUGUGACACUAUUACUUAAUGGGGUAAUUAAAGUAUCUAUAUUUCUACUACCUUGUAUCCCCGUAGGGCAGUAGAGGUUUGUUUUUCUGUUUCUUAGUCUUGGGAGUUUGGAGAGGUACGGAGGAAGGCGUACCGGAAAAGAAAGAAGUGUCUCUUUUAUUUUUCAUUUGGUUUACGUGGAAGAUACGGUGGCAAGAGACUAUAGGGUGGGAAUUGGAUUAACAAGAAGUUUGACAAUCGGAAUGAUGAAUAAUAUCGACAAAAAAAAUCGUAUGAAUUUGUCAGUAAAACUUUGAAACAUCCGUUUGAAGAUUCCAGUAUCGAUGUUUUCCAAGUUCUUCAGUUUGAUGCGUGUAUGUAGAUGGAGAAGGGUAUGAAUUAGAGGGAGAAGCUUAUGAAUUUGUUGUUUAUGACUCGUAUACCCAUAUUUAAAAGGUCGUGCGUAAUUACUCUAGUUUCUAUUUUAAUCUAUUAUAAUUAAUGGUCCGGAUCAUGGGACGUUUAGUUUUGACA